CAUGCGCAUCAUUGAGGCUAUAAUGUAUGUGGAAACAGGACGAAAAUGGAAUACUUUAUUUGUAAAUCUUAUGAUCGCAGAUCUCUGACCUGUAUAGUUCUGCAUAUAGUGUUCAUUUAACUCCGUUACUCUGCUGGUUUGCGUCAUUUUCCGUCGUGUUUUGGACGCUCUGAUGCUCAGUCCAGUUUGGGUUGACUGCAGCCUCCUACUGUUGUGUUACUGGUGCAGGUCUACAGGAGACACCUGAGCAGAAGAGGACACAAGACAAGUGUUGUGUGUAUUCUGUUGUCCUCUAAAGGUGUUGUGUGUUUGUAGCCUCAGAGGAAGCAUCAGUGUCUGACCAAGAAACAUGACGUCAACUCAAAAGAAAACUCAGUGCUGUGACGACUGUGGCAAAGAGUUUGUUGCAUUGAAUAAAUUAAAGAUUCAUCAGAGAGUUCACACUGGAGAAAGACCAUUCAGCUGCCAGUUUUGUGACAAAAAAUACAUCACAAACGCACAUCUAAAGAACCACCAGAGAGUUCACACUGGAGAAAGACCAUAUGACUGCGAAUUCUGUGACAAAAAAUUCAAAAGAUCAGGACAACUAAAGAUUCAUCGGAGAAUUCACACGGAUGAGAAACGGUUUACGUGUGAACACUGUGGAAAAAAAUUUGUUACUAAAGGAAAUCUAGACGUUCAUCUGAGAGUUCACACCGGAGAAAGACCAUACGGCUGUGAGGAGUGUGGGAAAACCUUUGUCACAUUAAUUAGCUAUCAGCGACACCAUGACACCCACACUGGAGCGAGGCCUUUCAAAUGUGACCAGUGUGGGAAAACGUUCUCAGUGUUACCCAACCUGAAGAAGCACCAGCUCAUCCACACUGCACCCAAACAACUCUGCUGUCGUGACUGUGGGAAACGGUUCACGCUUCCGGAAAACCUAAGAGUUCACAAACGUAUCCACACCGGAGAGAAGCCGUUCACAUGCGAGUACUGUGGGACCAGUUUUGCCCGGCAGAGUACCUACAAAAUGCACAGGAACGUCCACACCAGAGAAACCACGUACACCUGUAAGCUCUGUGGGAAGGUGUUGGGAUCCUACAGCGGACUGAGGAUUCAUGAACGCAUCCACGCCGGAGACAAACGCUACAAGUGCCAGUACUGUGACAAAGCCUUCAUCAGAUCCACAGACGUCUCUAAACACGAGCGUGUCCACACUGGACACAAACCGUACUGGUGCGACCGCUGCAAGAGGAACUUUGCCAGAUCUUAUGAUGUCAAGUAUCACAGGUGUGUGUGAGGGGAAAGGCCUUUGUGUGUGUCUCAUC